AUGCAGCUCAGUUUGUAUCUGGCGGCCGCCACGGCCGUCACCGUCGCCCAAGCUUCUCCGCACCCCCCACACUGGCAACAGCCGCUCCAGGAGACAUCCCUCUCGCCCGCGCGGUCGGCCAGCCCUAAUCACGAGCUAUCAAACAUUGAGGAUGUUAUCAGCAGCUCCCCUCUGCUCUCAUUCCACCGGGAAAUUAUUGGAAUUGAGUCCAUCUCCGGGAACGAGCACGAGGUCGGCCUCUUCGUCGCCGAGUUCCUCGAGUCCAAGAACUUCACCGUCGUCAAGCAGGAAGUCGCCCCUGUGAAGCAAAAGCAGUCCAACGACCAUAAAGCAGCCCCCAAACAACGCUAUAAUAUCUAUGCCUACCCGUCCUCUCUCGGCGAGCUGCCCUCCAUCCUCCUCACCAGUCACAUUGACACUGUCCCGCCAUUCAUCCCGUACUCCACCAGCGAACCUAAGUCGCAAUAUACUGCAUUGGACUCCGAAGACAUCCUUAUCGCUGGCCGCGGUAGCGUCGACGCAAAGGCCAGCGUCGCCGCGCAGAUCUUCGCUACCCUCGAAACCCUACAUGAGAACCCUGACGCGAAACUCGGUCUCCUCUUCGUUGUCGGCGAGGAAAUCGGCGGAGACGGUAUGCAGACCUUCUCCAGCUCAGACUUGAACAAGAACAGCGCCUACCACACCGUCAUCUUCGGUGAGCCUACCGAGCUCGCACUCGUCUCCGGCCACAAAGGCAUGCUGGGCUUCGAGAUCCUCGCUCACGGCAAGGCUGCCCACUCCGGAUACCCCUGGCUAGGCCACAGCGCCGUCUCUGCUAUCAUCCCCGCGCUCGCAGUUGUCGACAACCUCGGCAAUAUCCCUGCUAGUGAGGGUGGGCUUCCAUCAUCCCCGAAGUACGGCCGCACUACGCUGAACAUCGGUACCGUGAACGCGGGUGUGGCGACCAAUGUUGUUCCGGCUAAGGCCCGAGCGGAUGUUGCUGUGCGUCUUGCGGCUGGAACACCGGAGGAGGCGCGCGAGAUCAUUACUCGGGCCGUUGCGAAUGCUACGCGGGAUGUUGAGGCUGAGGUUGUUGUUGACUUCAGCCAGCACUCGGAAUCUUACCCGCCUCAGGAUAUCGAUACUGAUGUUCCUGGCUUUAAGAUUAUCCCUGUUAACUAUGGUACUGAUCUGCCCAACUUGAAGGUUAAGGAGGGUGUGAAGCGGUACCUGUAUGGACCGGGUAGCAUUUUCGUUGCUCAUGGCGAUAAUGAGGCUCUUACUGUGCGCGAUAUGCACGAUGCGGUUAAUGGAUAUAAGAAGCUUAUUGAUGCUGCCCUGGAGAGAGAGUAG